ACCACUCAAGAAACGCAAAAAAAAACAAUAAGCAAUUAAAUCAAUUAGUUACCGCAGUUAAAAAACGAAAACCAUCACAUUCACAAUGACCCUUCGCCUCCUAUCUCUCGUCGUCGCCGCCUUGGCCAUUACCGCCGUAUUCGCUGCCGAUCCUCCGGCACCAGCAGAAGCGCCAAAAGCUAACGGCAACCAAACGGAAGCGCCUAAAGCUAACGGCAACCAAAACGGAGCGCCAAAAACUAACGGCAACCAAACGGAAGCGCCGAAAGCUAACGGCAACCAAAACGGAGCGCCUAAAGCUAACGAAAACCAAAACGGAGCGCCGAAAGCCAACGGCGACAAAACCUCAACAUCUCCUUCUCCCGCCGCCGCAGCAUCGCCAAAAUCAACCCCUGCACCACCGCCAAAAACAACCGCCGCACCACCGCCAAAAACAACCGCCGCGUCACCGCAAAAAUCAACCGCCUCGGCCCCAACCUCGCCGCCUACAGCCUCUUCUCCGACCAACGCCAAGAAGAACUCAACCGUCACUCCAAGCUCUUCUCCAUCUUCAGGUGGUGGCGGAACUCCGGCUUCAAGUCCCGACUCAAGCUCCGGCGAUAGCUCCGAAGGUCCCACCAGCUCAUCUGACUCACCCUCCGCCUCGUCUCCACCGUCUCCUACGCCAGACAUGUCUCCGACGUCGUCCUCUGAUGAAGGACCCGCUAGUGAAGGCCCCGAAGCGUCAGCUCCGACGGAUAGAGCCUCAUCGCUCAAGAUCUCUGUCUGCGGAUCCGUUCUCGCCGCCGUUGCAUGGUUCUUGUUCAUAUAAUUAUGAAAAAGGGUUACUCUUGGAUAUUACAUUUAAGACACUAUUAUACGUUUAAUAUUAAUUUUGGCAUAGUUUUAAAAGGUAACUGCACUCCGGUUCGAUUUUUAACACGUUAUAAAAAUCAUGCAUAGUACGGAGGUUAGGGUUUGAUGUUGUAAUAAAUGUUUAGUGUGUGUUAUUUAUGAUUAAUAUGAUCAUGUAAUCUUAGUCGUUAUAAUAACCAUUACA